AUGCGUGAAUGCAUCUCUGUGCAUGUGGGCCAGGCUGGGGUCCAGAUGGGCAACACUUGUUGGGAGCUGUACUGUCUGGAACACGGGAUCCAGCCUGACGGCCAGAUGCCCGCGGGACAAAAACCAGGAGGUCAUGACGACUCCUUCACCACAUUCUUCAGUGAGACCGGGGCAAAGAAGUAUGUUCCCAGGGCCAUCUUUGUUGAUCUUGAACCAACUGUCAUAGAUGAAGUGCGCACAGGAACCUAUCGGCAGCUGUUUCAUCCUGAGCAGCUGAUCUCCGGAAAAGAGGAUGCUGCCAAUAACUACGCUCGAGGACACUACACGAUUGGGAAGGAGAUCAUUGACUCUGUACUUGACAGAAUCAGAAAACUGGCUGACCAGUGCACAGGCCUUCAGGGAUUUUUGGUGUUCCACUCUUUCGGUGGUGCUGCGGGGGAGGAUGCCUUUGGUGCAGGCCAAACAUUCUCUGCAUCUGUGGCUGCAGCCAGAGACCUGAGGUACUUGUUAUAUGACGUGAACCCUCCGGAAGGGUUCAAUUUGAGAAGAGACGUCUACAUUCGAAUGGCAUCUUUAAUAAAAACUUUAAGAAAAACUGGGGAUGACUGGGUGCUUGUGCUUCCUCCGUGGGGACGCCUUUACCACUGGCAAACUCCAAACAUCCACCAGACCCAAAUCCCAUGGGGAGAGUUUUUCAGUCUAACAAGUCUGCAGGCCAAUGUCCCCGUCGUUGAAUAUGAAGAAUUUAUUUCAGAGAACGGGGGCCCUUUCAUUGACGUAGUACUUGUUCUUCAAAACUAUGCUGAAGGAUGGACGGAUGGUAAAUGGGAAGAAAAGGUGGAUGAGCGUCCAUGCAUCGAGAAGCUGAUGUACAGCAAAGAUAAACAGGGCUUCUACAGGGGCUGGUUUUGGGGAUUUGAAGAGACCAGAGCUCGACGUGUGACUUGUUUAUCAGCUCAGGGACAUGCUUCAAUUAUUGCGCCACUUCUUCAAAAAAACAUAACAGCAACAUCAGUGAUGCUGGAUCGUGCAGAAACGCUGCUUCAUGACCAUUAUGCUGGAAAGGAUUAUUGGGAUACUCGAAGAAGCAUGGUUUUUGCCAAACACCUUCGUCUCAUUGGAGAUGACUUCAGGAAGACGCGCCUGAGCUCGACAGAUGAAAAGGACAAUACCGUUUAUAAUGAGAAUUGGAAACUUAUGAAGAAUAAGUUGGGCACAGCUAAAGGGGGGCCAUAUCUGGCUGUUCAUCUACGAAGGAAAGACUUUAUCUGGGGUCAUAGAGAGGAUGUUCCCAGCCUUAAAGGAGCAGUAAAACAAACACGAAACCUGAUGAAGACGCAUAAACUUGACCAAGUUUUUGUUGCAACUGAUGCAGAUGAAGGAGAAAACCAGGAGCUAAGACGACUUUUACCAGAAAUGGUCCGAUUUGAACCAUCUGCAGAAGAUUUAGAUCUUUUCAAAGACGGUGGUGUGGCCAUUAUUGAUCAAUGGAUCUGUGCUCAUGCAAGGUUCUUUAUAGGAACAUCUGUGUCCACGUUUUCAUUCCGAAUCCAUGAAGAAAGGGAAAUCCUGGGUUUUGAUCCAAAGACGACGUACAAUCGUUUCUGUGGAGAUAAAGAGAAAGACUGUGAACAGCCCACGCACUGGAAAGUAGUUUACUAA